CGAGCCAUAGAGGAUUCCAACCCUAGCCUUUGAGUCGUUCCAACUGAUGUUGAAUGAAGCAGAGACGGGCUAUCCUGGCCAAGCCAUCAUUUUGCUCCCAGCAAAUCGGCCCUCCGGAGUUUCAGGGAGUGGAACCCGAGGAGCGCCCCCCACCCCCGCCACCCCCAGGCGCGUCGGGCCCCACCCCGCCGCACUGCUCCUUAAAGGGCUUGAAGACCAGGGGCGCACGGCAGCAGCCACGGUCAUGGAGGGCGCGCUGGUGGCCAACUGGAGCGCGGAGGCGGUCAACGGCAGCGAGGCGCCUCCGGAAGCCGAGGGCAACCGCACCGCCGGGCCCCCGCAGCGCAACGAGGCCCUGGCGCGCGUGGAGGUGGCCGUGCUGUGCCUCAUCCUCUUCCUGGCGCUGAGCGGCAACGCGUGCGUGCUCCUGGCGCUGCGCACCACGCGCCACAAGCACUCGCGCCUCUUCUUCUUCAUGAAGCACCUGAGCAUAGCCGACCUGGUGGUGGCAGUGUUCCAGGUGCUGCCGCAACUUCUGUGGGACAUCACCUUUCGCUUCUACGGGCCCGACUUGCUGUGCCGCCUGGUCAAGUACCUGCAGGUGGUGGGCAUGUUCGCCUCCACCUACCUGCUGCUGCUCAUGUCUCUCGACCGCUGCCUGGCCAUCUGCCAGCCCCUGCGGGCGCUGCGUCGCCGCGCGGACCGCCUGGCCGUGCUCGCCACGUGGCUGGGCUGCCUGGUGGCCAGCGCGCCGCAAGUGCACAUCUUCUCGCUGCGCGAGGUGGCCGACGGCGUCUUCGACUGCUGGGCCGUCUUCAUCCAGCCGUGGGGGCCCAAGGCCUACAUCACGUGGAUCACACUCGCGGUCUACAUCGUGCCUGUCAUCGUGCUCGCCGCCUGCUACGGCCUCAUCAGCUUCAAGAUCUGGCAGAACUUGCGACUCAAGACGGCGGCGGCGGCGGCGGCGGCUGCAGAGGGGCCGGAGGGCGCGGCUCUGGCACGGGUCAGCAGCGUCAAGCUCAUCUCCAAGGCCAAGAUCCGCACGGUUAAGAUGACCUUCAUUAUCGUGCUGGCCUUCAUCGUGUGCUGGACGCCAUUCUUCUUCGUGCAGAUGUGGAGCGUCUGGGACGCCAAUGCGCCCAAGGAAGCCUCGGCUUUCAUCAUAGCCAUGCUCCUGGCCAGCCUCAACAGCUGCUGCAACCCUUGGAUCUACAUGCUCUUCACGGGCCACCUCUUUCACGAACUUGUACAACGCUUCCUCUGCUGCUCCUCUGGCUACCUGAAGGGCAACCGGCCAGGAGAGACCAGCGUCAGCAAAAAGAGCAACUCAUCUACCUUUGUCCUGAGCUGCCACAGCUCCAGCCAGAGGAGCUGCUCGCAGCCAUCCACAGUGUGACUGGGCUGGGCCAGGACUGCCUCCCGUGGCUCAGUUUGUGCCGACGUAGACAGUCCGCCCCUUGGUGGCCGUGUGCUUGUGUGUAUAAGGUACCUUUCAGUUUGCACCCUUCCACACCUUGGGGUAGCUUGAGUGGGGUGGGAAAUUCUGGCAUGGGUUGGGAAGUAGUCUCCGUGGUGGAAGAUGAUGGGAUGACUCAGCCAUCAGACAGUUCCUGGGUCUCCCUUAACUUCGCACAGGUGUUUAUAUACCCUGCUCCCACUGCCACCUCUGGCUGGUGGAUGGGUUGCUUUUUUUUCUCCUGGACCUGUCAUUUCACUCAAGUAUCUUUUUAGUCCUUUUUUCUGGGGUCUUGUGAAAGCUGGUGAGUAUAGGAUAGGUAUGUGGAAGCUUACUGUUCUGAGCUCAGAAUAAGGAACGGGAGUGGGAGCCCAGAUGUGGAGGGUGGUGCUAAUAGCCUCCUGACUUCAGAGUGCUUUUACUUUUGCAUGGAACCAUCCUAGCAUCCUUGGGCACCAGCAUGUCCGAAGGUGGCCCUAGGAACAGGGGAUUCCCUUAUGAAACCAUUCGGUAUAGGCAGUCUGAUUAAAACUUUGGUUAAAAAUAUUUAAGAAGCUAAUAUUUACAUGAAACAAUUAGGAAAGAAAAAGAAACAGAAGGCAUCCAGAUUGGAAAAGAAGAAGUAAAACUCUUUGCAGAUGGCAUGAUUUUGUAGGUAGACAGUUCUAAGGAGUUCAUGCACAUGUACAAACCCAUUAGAACGAAUAAACGAAUUCAUCAGGGUUUCAGGGUACAAGGUCAAUAUGCAAAGACCAGUUGUAUUUCUUUAUACUAGCAAUUCACGAUAUGAAAAUGAAAUUAAGAAAUAAUCCCAUUUAUACUGGUAUAAGAAAGAAUAAAAUAGGAAUAAAUUUAACAAAAGAAGUACAAGACUCAUACCCUGACAACUACAAAAUAUCAUUGAAAGAAACUGAAGAAGACAUCCUAUGUUCAUGGGUCAGAGACUUAAAUAUUAUUAAGAUGACAGUACUGUCCAAAAUGAUCUACAGAUUCAAUGCAUUCUCUUAUCAAAAUCCUAGUUGGCCUCUUUGCACAAAUUGAUAAGCUGAUCCUAAAAUUCAUACAGAAAUGCAAGGAACCCAGAAUAGCCAAAUGAUCCUUUGAAAAGAAGAACAAAGUUGGUGGAUUCACAAUUCCUGGUUUCAAAAUUUACUACAAAUCUUCAGUAAUCAAGAGAGUGUGGUACUGGCAUAACGAUAGACAUGUAGAUCAAUGGAAUAGAUGAAUAGAUCAAUGGAACAGAGUGGAGAGUGCAGUUAUAAACCUUCAUAUUUAUGGCCAAUUGAAUUUUGACAAGUGUGGCAAAAGAAUUCAGUAGGGGAGACAGUCUGCUCAACAAGUGGUGCUGGGAAAACUGGAUAUCCACAUGCAAAAGGAUGAAGUUGGUGAAGGGAAUUAAGAGGUACAAACUUCCAGUUAUGAAACAAGUAAGUCACAGUGAUGAAAAGUGCAGCACAGGGAAUAUAGUCAAUGACAUUGUAAUAGUAUUGUAUGUGACUACACUUACUGUGGUGAGUACUGAGUAAUGCAUAGAAUUGUUGGAAUUCCAUGUUGUACACCUGAAACUAAUAUAGCAUUGUAU